AUGUCUGAGAAGCAGCCCCCCACCGUCGUCGAGGGCGCCACCGCCGGUGAUGUCGAGGAGGAGGUCCAGCCCGCAAAGUCAGCCGAGGACCGCAAGGCGGCGUCCGCCCUCGCCAGUCUCGAUGCCGGCGGCGACGAUUCGGGAAGCGGCCAGGUUGAUGUCGACGCUGCGCAGAAGGCGAUUAAGGGUCUCGGUGGCGCCACCGCCGCCAAGAAGGAGGUGAAGAACGUUAAGGUCGAUGCCGCCGAUGUUGCCCUGCUGGUUGACGAAUUGGAGCUCACCAAGCCCAAGGCGACGGAGCUGCUCAAGGCCAACGACGGAGACGCGGUCAAGGCGAUGAAGGCGUACCUACGCUCAUGA